UCGGCCUCGAACGUGUGUUGUAAUGUCCAAGAUGGCGACGACGGUAGAAGUACCACGAAAUUUUCGMCUUCUCGAAGAACUAGAAUCUGGACAAAAAGGUGGCGACGGCAAUACAAGUUGGGGCCUUGAAGAUGAYGAAGAUCUAACCCUUACUAGGUGGACUGGGAUGAUUCUUGGGACGCCAAGAACUCCUUAUGAAAAUAGGAUAUACAAUUUAAAAGUUGAAUGCGGACCAAACUACCCAAAAUGCCCACCAAAUGUGAGGUUUACAACCAAGAUCACCAUGACCGGCGUUGGCCCUAGGGGAGAGAUUGAUCAUAAAAAAUUCACUAUAUUAAGUAAAAGUCAUUGGGUCCCAAGCAACACAAUACAAGAUGUGCUUCAAUCUAUUAGAAAACAAAUGACAGCCAAAGAAAACCAAAAGCUUAGCCAGCCCCCUGAGGGGGAGACAUACUAGGGGUACCCCCACCAUACGARCCUUCUUGUCUAGUAAAAUUUUCUUUUGCAAGAGUUACAUMUGAAUGUCUGUUGGCAUGUUAGUAACACAUUAGUCACUUAGGAAUGACUGACUUAUAGUAACUAAAUAGAUCCUAGAAAUUAGAUCCUGCACCUGGCAUCAAAUCACCUUAAUCUGGGGGGCAGAACAAAUGACUGAAUAGUCAUUAUGGUUUCAUAAAGUUUUUUAGAGAGAUUUACACUCCCUUGUGACAUAGAAUGCAUUGUCUUGUCCUCCAGUUGGAGCUGCAGUCCCACACAUUACAUGAUGUCUAUUGCUAUCUGAGCUCAAAUCUAUUGUUUUGCCCCUCAGAUGGAAGAUCAAGGGGUCUAUGUAGCAAUAGCCAUAGAAAAACUUCAUGUAYGUAGAAUACAAUUACUAAAAGUAAAAUGUGUAAGUUAGCACCAUUUAGUAUCAAAUGAUGCCAAUUGAGCAAUUMUUGAUAACUAUAGAUACUGAUGAAGAUUCAUUUACACAGGUGCUAUAGUGAAAAAAUAUUAAACUUUUCCCAAAGUUUAACUUUUUUUUCACAAAAACAAUGGGAUUAGYAUUUUUACAAUGUGCUAUUUAUGUUGUACACUUUUAGUCUUUGUACUGUGGAGUGAACUCAUUUAAUACAUGAAACAAAACUAGUAAAAUAAGCGCUUAUUUAUGCUAGUUCCUUUGUUUCUUAUUGUUUAUUAAUCAACACUAUUUAGCAGUAA